AUCAUCAUCAUCAUCAGCAACAUAGACAUCUUCACUCAUCAAUUAUAAAAUAUUUCAAAAAGACAUCUCCACUCCCAAGUCUCUAGAGCAAUAUAGACAUCUCACCUCUUGAAGCUCAUCUCAACUCAGAAAAAAGUCUACUUCGAAACCUUGUCUUAUUAGACACUUAGCUAUAACGACAACCAUCCACACUUCUUAAACUUCCCAAGUUUCAAACCCCUGAAGUCAAAAUGUCAGCCAUCGCCGCCAACGCCGCCCGAUACCCCCUUUCCGCUCUUGCCCGGCAAGCUUUCAAGAGCUUUCGGCAAUCAGCCCGGAUUGUUGAGGGCCCUACCGAAGCACUCCCCUCAGCCGGCCCGUCUCAGCGCGCGGACUGGGGCCGCAUCGCACGAGCUCGUCUCGGUGUUGCUGCAGUAUACUUCCCUGCUCUAGGCGGUUUCCUCGCUUGGCCUUUCAUCAGCAAGGCCGCCCUCAACGGCCACAUGGGACAGUUCUAAUUCGCUUCGAACAUGUGUUACCUUUACAUACCGGGUCAUACAAUAUCCAUCGUUCACUAAUUCGACGAUUAUACACCUGUACAUAGAGUCCUCAAAUUUACGACAUCCGGAAGGCGUUUUUGGGUUGCCAGAGAGAAACAGAAUAACUGGCUGUUUUCUACAUAAUGAUAUCAGAGGCGUUCCGGCUCACUACUUAACCUAAUCAGUUUGAAGAGGGGUAAAUAGGGGAAAAUCGUCUGGAGUCGUAUAACGUUGUCGACCAUCUUCAACCUCUUCUAUAUGUCUACCUUCUAUAUCUAUAUAUACUUAUCAAGAUAUAACAGUACCGUUGACCGCAUGAGCGGCAGCAGAAAUAUCAGUUCCUUUAUCAUUUCCAC